AUAUUAUGUGAUCGGCGACCAGCGUUCUAAUUUGAAACGUAAAUAUUUACAAAUAGUAAUGUGGUCUAUAAUAUCGGCGAUAUAUUCGGUUUGAUAGUGAAUGUUCGCCUGGUUUAGCUUGGUGCGGCGAGAGCGAUAACUUUCAAAGGACAUGGUAACAUGGUACGUUCCAUUACCCAUGCGAAUGUGACACAGUGAGUUGCGCCCCAGUGCCGGUUUAUACAAGUUCAGACUUGAGUUCAUUGUAUGUUGGAUAAGCGAUCGAUAAAGUCGCAUUACUUCCGAAAUAAACGCUUUUUGUGUGCAUUUUUGAUCCAGUGAAGCUAUGGGCCUGAAUCAAGUGUUCUAACCCGACAGGCUCCCAAGUACCAGCAGUUGGUCGAAGAGUGGUAUCGAACAGCCACAUGCUAAAACUGCGGCUGGUUUCCACUCAUUUCCUUAAGCAACCAUAGAUUUGCGAUGUGUCGAGAUAGGGAUAUGAACCCUUAAGUCAACAGAUCAUUGCCGUACUAGUGCAUGCUGUAUUUUUCAUAAUCCGUACACAACUAGUUUUAAACCUUCAUAUUUUAUAAGAUUGACUUUUCUGUUCUGCGGAGUUUGUGUUCUCAUCAAAAGUGCUAUCACCCCAAACCAGAGACUCGCCAUUAAACAAUGAAAGGUCCCUCCCGAAAAGAAGAAUCUCAGCAAAAGUCCGGAACCUUGCUCAGCUACAGCAAAGACUUCGGCAAAAUCAAGUGCAAAUCCCAGAUCCCGCUAAGCUUCGACGAAGCAAAAGCGUCAUGCAAGGCACGAAAAAGAAAGGAACGGCAAGAGAGCAUCAGUUCGCUCUGCCAAGAGCGCAAAGUGAUCCGCUCGAAUUCCGAAGAGAGGCCGACGCAGAAGAAGUACCUCGAGAACAAGUCGAUCCGCCGGGUUUCCAGCAGCGAGGACUUCCAGAAAUCCGAUCCAAAGAGCGUCACCCCGUUUGAAAAGCACGUCUCGCCCAAUCGACAGAGCUCGGACAUCAUCCUGAUCUACGACGAAGACUGCGAACACGAGAAGAGGCGAUCGCACGAGCGGUUCUCGAAGCCGCUGGCUUUGAAGAACAAAAAGUCGCACAAGAGCCGCAAACCCAAAGCCAGAGUGCUGCAGAAGCCCAAGUUCAAGCCGGAGAUCCCGCACGAAGGGGGCAAAGAUGAACCGAAGGUGCCUGAGGGUCAAGUGGAGAAGACUGAUGAUAAAGUCGAGAUCAAGGUGGAGGGGUUUCUUCAGCUGCACAGGGAAGAGAAGGAGAGGUCGCCGAGUCCGGUUAGGCAGUUUUCUCCCGAUUUAGAUUUGUCUACCCUUCACGAACAAGUGGAUUGUUCGGAACCUUUGUUGUCUUGUGCUAAUCACCAGAUUAAUGAAAACACAGAGACUCUGCCUGGGUUGUCGGUGGCGUCGAAUCGUCUGUUGUCGUCGCCACGGAAUUCUAUAAUCGCCACACACAGGAUCUAUCUAGAUCCGGAUAUACCGCAAGCUAAUUUCGGGCUUGAGAAUAAAACGCAAAACCCCUUAGAGUUAAGGAUGCAGAAGAUUACUAAACAGAUUAACAGUAAUAAGAAGAAGAUCAAGAAGUACGAACUUGAGUUUGAGACGAAGCAUGGAUACAAGUUGUCGCAUGCCGAUAAGCUCAAUGACAAAAAUAUGAGAAAGUUGUAUAUGGAGUUGAGUAAGUUGAAGAAAGAGCAGAAGCAGUUGACAGAUGUGUGUCCCAAUACGUCUGGUGAAGACGAAGAUACCAAAAGCAAUCUCAGAAAUUUGCAGGAUACGCUCAAUGAUAUUGAAAGGAGGUUGUCCCAAAAACGCGAACUGUCCAAACGCCCCAACCUCCUCGAUCAAAUGUCCAGCGAAGAACUAAUCGAAGAAAAAACCGCAGUACAAAAAGCCCUUCUCUACCUAGAGUCCAUCCACGGCCGCCCCGACAACAAAGAAGACCGCAACCUGGCCCGCCCCAUCUACGACCGCUACAGAAACCUCAAGCGGAUGAUCACCAAAACCCAGUCGAACUCCACCGGCAACGAGCUGGCCACCAUCCACGAGGACGAAACCAUGACCUUCAUUCCGUCGUUCACCCCCCAGCUGAGCGAAAUCGACUCCGAGAAGUCGUCGGUCCUCGCCAGCACCGACAGCAGCGACACCGACACCUCCAUCAGCGAGAACCUGCACUCCCUGACGAAGUUCGAGCUCAUCGAACAGCACAGACUCGUGUCGGAGGAGAAGAAGGAGCUGCGGCGCACCAUCAAGACAUUCGAACUGGACAUUCAGCGCAAAACGGGCCGGAUGGUGCAGAAAGAGGACAAAAUGCCAAUUGAACACGUCUACCUGGCUUACAAGAAAGUCAAAGCUAAGCUCAAACUGCUCGACGCUUUGGUUGGCAAACAGCUGUGAAGCGCUGCAAACUUACAAGUACUAGUGUGUUACUGUAAUGUUUAAAGCUAUAAUUCAAGUUGUAGAGUUUUAAUAAUGUAUGUGCUGUUACUGUUUACGAAGUUAUGUAAGUUUUUUAUUUGGAUUUGAUCAGAUUUGUAGUCAUUGCUAAUUAAACUACUCUGUAAUGUUGACAA